AUGCAUGCCUUGAGGAAAGCCUUGAGGAUUCGACGUCCUCAUAGAAAUCUAUCUAUUACGUCUCGAGGAAAUCCCAUUUCCAAAGAAAAGCUGUUCAAAUACACAAACGGUCGAUUCCUUUCUGAGGAAGAAAGCCAACUAUCGAAGCGUUAUGUUCGUUUUGAUGUUGACCGGUUAUGUGAUGUGAUCGCAAGCAUCUCUAGAACAGGGGCACUGCGGGUUUCGAAGAUAGAGAAGAUGGAGGGUGGAUUUAGCAAGGCCCUCCUUGUGACAACUCUGGAUGGCUCUGAAUAUAUUGUCAAGAUUCCAUGCCCGAAUGCAGGAAAGCCUAUGUACUGCACAGCAUCUGAGGUUGCGGUCUUGAACUUUGAUAUCCUUGAUUCAGUCAGGACACAUACCACAAUUCCCGUGCCAAAGGUCUUAGCAUGGAGUGCCGAUUCAACCAACCCAGUAGGCGCUGAGUAUAUUGUGAUGGAGCGAGUUCCUGGAGUCCAGAUCUUCAAGAAAUGGGAUGAAAUGGGAGAGAGCAACCGCAUAUCAAUCAUUAAACGUCUCACACAAUGGGAGAGUGAGCUUGCUGAGAUUUCAUUUCCAGCCUCUGGCAGCCUAUAUCACAAAAGUUCCCUGAGCGAUCAUGAAUUGAUCUCGUUAGAUCCAUCCGUGGAUCCUGAAGGUCUAUUUUGCGUUGGUCCUUCAUGUGAUUCUGCCUGGCCCAUACAGCAUAGUCCUAAUGUUCACUGCGGCCCAUGGAAAACAAUCGGUGACUUGGGCGAAUCCCUUAUCAAUCGAUCACUUCUCAAAUCCCCACAUCAUCUAAACCCGAAACUACCAACCUCCUUAAAUGGUCCCUUAGAGGAGCAUAUGAUAACCCUUGGUAUGGCAAAGAAAAUCAUGCUAGCAGUCGCGAACAACCCCAAGCUGCUGGCUCAGUCCCAGCCUACAUUAUGGCAUACCGAUCUUCAUAUGGGAAACAUCUUUGUCGCUGAAGAUGACCCGGCUAAGGUCACUGGUUUCAUUGACUGGCAACAUACUUCUAUCAGUCCUUUGUUUUUGCAUGUCAGAUGGCCCGUCUUUCUAGCUCCACCAGAAGACUACGAAGAGGGCCAGGUAUUACCUCAGCUUCCACCUGGCUAUGAAGAUAUGGACGCCGAAGACAAGGCGAUUGCUUUAUACAAUAAAGAAAAGGCCACUUGGGCAAAGGCCUAUGAGGUUGCAACCUUUCUGAAUGAUAGAAAAGCCUGGAGAGCGAUGCAAGUUCCCCUACCACUAAAAGAGCUGUUCCGUCGCUGUGGUGAUUGGGAUGAGGGAAUCCUUCCGCUCCGAGAAACAUUGAUUGAACUUUUUCGCAAUCAGCGAGAGCUCGGAUUCGAAGCAGAGCUAUCGCUUCACUUCAAUGACGAGCAGAUCGCAGUACACACGAAGGAGUUUCAGGUAUACCAGGAAUGGCAGGAGUUACGCAGCUUCGUCAAGCAAAUUCUGGAUACUGAUGAUGAUGGCUGGAUUCCUCCGGAGCGCGAUUUCACCGAGAUGAAGUCUCGGAACAAGAUGUUGUUCGACUACUAUGUUUCCAAGCCAGAUCUCAACAAAACCCCAGAUGAAGUCCGGAAAUUAUGGCCAUUCUCCUUGGGCACAUGA